CGCGACAGAGGUUCUACGUUUUUCACCAUCUUUAAUACCGCGAUUCACCGAGUUAAAUGGCGACCCACCAAGUUAAGCCGUGAUUCACCAAGGCAAGCCGUGUUUUGCCAAGUUCAUCUACGCCCUUUUGUCUCGGGAAACGAUGGACGAGCACCUCGGCCUCGCCGCGUCCCGGCGAUCACUUGCUUCUCUUGCCGGGGCAUAUGGUAAGAGAGACAAAGACUGGGCUCUAAAACCAGAAAGGCCUGUUGUCUUCCGCCCAGGCCACGGCUCCAAGGGCGCGCGGUCACUAGUAUGCAUGUGUCUUCGCGUGAUGGCAGAAAAUAUCAGUUCCAUUUCCAAGAUUAUGAUAGGUGAUGUGAAGGAAGACAGGCUGCUGUGGCAAUUGUGGGAAGAAAUGCCCAGGCCCAUGUCGCUUCACGCCUGGGAGCUCCUCUCUCCCAGGCUUCUGAAACGCAGUUUCUCUGAUGCCUGGGCCGUUUCCUCGAAGGGGGAGGAGGAACAGCAAAACAAGAACCACCUGGACAUUGCCGGCAAGAGAAAUGAACGAGGCGAGAUCACGAUCCCUAUGGGGAUGUACCGCUACCACCAGCAGAUCGAGAAUCCCGAUUGUGGGUUGGGUAUUUACACUUCGCCUUUGCACGAACUGACCGAGUGCCUCGUGUACCUGUGUAUCGAUAACCUCGAAUUCGACGGCCACGGAUUGCUCUCACUCGCGAGACUCAACACGCUGGCCGUAUUGGAAUUGGUCGAGCGAGGCCCAUCAGAUAGCCACUUAAGUGACUCCAUGAUCAGGGGAUGGAGUGAAGUUGCGGCAGAACAGGAUCCGUUUCCCGAGCUGCGCAUUCUAAGGAUCGCGUCGAGUUGGCAUGGGGUGACAGACGCAUCGCUGCGCCACGUGCUCAAAUUCCCCAAAUUGGAAGUCUUUGAAGUCACUCGUUCUCGUCCCUACUUUUGGGAUAAUGCGACGCGCAUCGCGGGGGAGUUUGGAUGGAACAAGACCUACGCGGGGCACAAGUCAGUGUUUGCCUCGUUGGCCGCGGCGUACCUUGACUGGCGACUCAGAAUAAGCGAAGAAAGCAUUAGAUACCUGGGUCGGUUGUUUCAAGACGAUGAACAGGAGGUCACUCUGACCACAGACCCGCGAACUCCGACAUGCGAAGGGUGCAAAGCGGCACUUGAAGGAAACCAAGAAGGGAAGCCCGAGAAGCACGGCGGACGAGCAUCGAGCGGACCCAUUCACAACGAUGACCAGGCGCCAAGCACCUACCUUGACGAAGGUUGGGAGUUGUUGCUACAGGACAACCAUCCAUUCCUUCCAGCGGCCAUCGGCAAGGACGGGGACAAAAGCAAUGACUCCAAGCGUCGACAAGAGUUAUAUGAAUAUCGUCAACGAGACACGACGGACGCUCAGAUCUUCUGGCUCCUGGGGCUUUUAGCCCAGAGGGAAUUCGCCUCCCACCAUGUUGGUAUCCAACCCCGUGUGGAAGGCAUUGCCCUCCCUAGGAAGCGAUUCGCGAGCAUCCGACUGCGCCGUCCGUCGCCUAAGAUCGCGCUGUGGUGUGACCAACUCGUCUUUGUCCGCACUUCCAAAAGCCACGGCAAGGUGGCCAAGAAGGCAAAGGAUAUCGGAAAGGAUGCGGAGAGAAAGGAGACAGACCUCAGGCCCCGCAAGCGGCAGAACCUUGGCGAUGUCUUUGCGUCGUUAGGAGUGAGUUAACUCAGCCUGAGGAUUGAUUUCGGCUUCAAGUUCCCAUAACUCACGCGAGCAUCAUUUCGUUUUACGGACACUUGUCAAGGGAGACAGCGAACCCGGUCAAAGCGCGAAAUGUACUGCAAUUCGUGUCAAAUAUGCAUGCAUACAAGUUCCAUUGGGUCGAAUUUGACACGAGACAGAAUGGCAGAGCACCUGACGUGUAGUGGUAGAUAUGUAUCAAGCGAUAAAUUUCUCUGCUCCCCCAGGGUGCACAAGGCUGUCGGAGACAGAGGGUAAGCGCAAGAAGUCAGUCUAUCCUCCAGUUUCCCCUCCAGAAUGCCAUGGUAUAAGACUUGGACCAGAGUGAAUA